UGCGUGAGGUUCAAUGUAGACGCCGGUGCCAAAGUCUAACAGCCCAUUCUGCGGUUUCUUAUUUUUAUUUUCAAAGAUAAUCAUGGCAAUUUCAAUAAAAAAACAUUGAGUGCUACGAUAUAUUUUAAAAACGUGACCUACACAACGUUUUGUCUACAACUUGAAAGCUUUGUCUGGUGUUGUUACAAUGACGACUCAUCGAAAUGCAGCACUAGACCCGCGUCACUUCGUAAUAAUCAAACCGCUUCCGAUUCUUAAACCGUCGGGAGAAAUGCGCCAGGCCCGGAGCAGAACGGUGUGGUCUGCCUGUCAGACGACCAGGGAGCAGGUGUUCUGGGAUAACUAUCACCGACGACAGUGGCAGCUGAGCCGGCAGGGCUAUAGAGCAGCCCCCUGGAGACCCUAUGAGGAGGUCGGACAACCGCUCUACCUUGAAACCAAGAGACUCAUACUAGAAUCACUGGGGCAACCUGUGGAAGAGGCUACAAAGGCUGAUCCCUUACCAGAAGAGGAUGUGCCUGUUUGCACCACUCCAUCAGAUUCCCCAGGAGCAAACAAGAGCUUGCCAUUUCGUUGCCCCCAGGCAGGGAAGAGAGAGGAUGCAGUAUCUCUUAGGAAGCAUCUGGGACAUACCAGCCGUUUGGUGUCAGCGGUCAGACAGGGCCGGGGUUACUUCCAACUCCUCCAGAUGAAGGAGAAGGAACAGGAGGAGGCGCAGCAGAGGGAGCAGAAGAGGAAAGAGGAGUGGCAGCGUGGCCAGCCCCGACCUCCCUGCUCAGAGUCUGACUCUGACAGCGACCCAGGGAGGAAGAAGGCCCAGUCAGCUCGACCUUUCACCCCCAUCCACCGCUCUCUGACUUCCCCUCAGGCCUCUGAGCCACCACAAGGGCCCAUAUUCCGCCAGCUGUGCUGUCUGAACUGGUUGCUGGAGGCCCUGACUCUGGACAGGACCGGGAGAGCUGGACCAGUCACGUCCUGCUGGGAUCUCAAGGACCCUGGCCAAGGAAAAACUACCCUAAAGACCCUGAAUAAAGAGAGAGCCAUAGAGACCAAAUGGGACCAGUUUGUGUCUCUGCAAAAGCCACGUAGAACAGGCUCCAGGCCCUCCCGCUCCUCCUCUGGUCGUCUGUACCUGUUGAAGGGGUCCUCCCUGAGCGUAGCCUCCUCCUCAGCCCUCACCACCCCUACCCUUCUGGGCAGCCUGUCCUCCCUGGGCCCUGGGAUAGAAGACACUGGAGCUACAUUAACUGGAGCUAUAGUGACUGCCACUGGAGCCAGCCAGGAUAGUGCGGAGCAACCAGGAGCAGGAGGGGACUCCGAGACAGAGCUGCCCAUGUCAGAGUACCUUCAGAAGCUGCUGGAUGAAGUCCACCAGAGUGUCACCAAAGAAUUCGGUGAUCCAGAGCUGAUUCAUGGCGACGGCACUUUGACUGUCGGAUACCGGCCACCUACCCAAUCCACCCCUCAGAGAGGGGACAACACAACACGCCCCAAGACCAAAGACACACCAAGACCCAAAAGUUGUCCUGCCAAGCCUCUGUCAGCCACCAGUGAGUUGAUCAGCAGUAAGAGGUCCAUGCUGUGGGAUAUGAGGACAGCCUAUGAGGAGAGAGCAGAGGAGCUGGCCCAGAUCUUCAGUGACAGUCUGGACCACAAUGCCAGGAAGAGGCUAGAGAGUGGCAUCCAGAGGUUCCAAGCCCUAUGUCAUGUGACCCACUCUCACCUCAUCCCUCGUCAUGUGACCCCACGGGUCACCGGCAUGAAACCCCCAGAGACAGACUGCAGCAACAACAACAUGUGGCUGUCCUCUCUACUGAGCAAUCUCCCUCCAGAGGUGUCUCAGGACAGAGGGGUGAGCCGAGUUCUGGAGAAACUCAGCCGCUUCGCAGAUGAGCGGACCCCCAAGGUGCGACCCCAUGUCUUCCUGAAGAUGUUGGGGGGUCUACAGCCCUGGGAGCUCUGCCUACCUGACCUCUGUGUUGCCAUUGAGCCAGGGAGCAUGUUGUCCAGAUGUCCAGAGAGGACUAUGACUCGUGGCUCCUCUCCAGGGUCACUCUUUCACAGCAGCAGGACCACUAACCCAAACAGAUGUGAGGUGUACACAUUUUUACUAAUACCAGGAAAAUGUAACGACCAAAAAAUUCACGCACACGCAAAUACGCUCACACAUUUAAAUACACCCACAGACACACACUCACACAUGCACACACACACCACCCGUUCUGCCAUUCACCUUCUGUUAAAGGUCCCCAAAGCACACACAUCCCUGGGUCGCUCCUCGUUUCAGUUCGCUGCAGCUAGCGACUGGAACGAGCUGCAAAAAUCACUCUAACUGGACUGUUUUAUUUCUUCAUUCAAAGACUCAAUCAUGGACACUUACUGACAGUUGUGGCUGCUUCGCGUGAAUUAUUGUUGUCUCUACCGUCUUGCCCUUUGUGCUGUUGUCUGUGCCCAAUAAUGUUUGUACCAUGUUUUGUGCUGCUACCAUGUUGUGUUUCUACCAUGUUGUUGUGUUGCUGCCAUGCUGUUGUUUUAGGUCCCUCAAGUGUGAUGGUGUCGCUCUUGUCGUGGUGUGUGUUUUGUCCUAUAUUUUUAUUUUAUUUUUAAUCCCAGCCCCAGUCCUCGCAGGAGGCCUUUUGCCUUCUGGUAGGCCGUCAUUGAAAAUAAGAAUUUGUUCUUAACUGACUUGCCUACUUAAAUAAAUAACACACACACACACACACACACACACCCUGGCCAUGGAUGAUGAUGAAACACACACAUACACAAAUAUAGUUGCCCAUAGUCUCUGAACUGACCUAAGGUUAGGUUUUGGGGGAGAUUAAGCUGAUCCUAGAUCUGUGAUCCCACAGGCAACUCCAAUCCAGAGCCUUCCUCCUUUAUAUCCACUGUGGCAAGCCGGACUCACAUUUCACAUCCACUUGUUCUCCGUUUCCCUUUUGUUUACGUUUCAAACCUACUUAAAUCAUGUCUCACACGGGAGGAUAAGC